AUGGAGCUCGAGGCCGAAACCGGGUCAAGUCCGUCUAGCACGCAGGAGCGGCGGAAACGCAACAGGCCGGCCCUCUCAUGCAUCCAGUGUCGCUCCCGGAAGAUCCGCUGCGAUCGAAAUGAGCCGUGCGCUAGCUGCAUAAAGUCCAAGAUCGUAAAUUGCACCUUCGAGGAGGCCCGUCGGCCAAAGCCAAGGCUAUGGAGGUUAUCGCCGGGACCGGCCGGUCAGGGCUCGGCCGAGGAGCGUACCGCCCUUCCCCGCUUCGGCGCGAUGGACCAGACUUACGGGAGUCACUCCGGCCAGUUUCCCGCCGUCUCGGGAACGUCCCUGCCGGUUUUGAGCGGCCGGGCCUCCGAGACAACGCCUGCCCCCACUCCCGCCACCCACCUCUCGGGGGAGACUGCGAGCUCCGCCGUGUCGCUGGCUGAGCGAGUCUGCCAGCUAGAGCAGCAGCUAGCCGAUACUUUGAAGCGCCAAGGCGGCUCGAGCGAUAUUCGGCCAGCCCAUUUUGCAGAUGCGGAGCCGUCAAACGUCCACGGCGUCCUGGCUAAGACGAGAUACUUUGGCAAGAGCCAUUGGAUGAAUGUGGCGAGAUUUUUCCCUUUAAUCGUGGGCAUGGCCGAGAGACUUGAAAAAGAUAAGACCUCGGAUUAUUACCAUAAAACUCUGAAGUGUAAAAACAUAGCCCGGUCCAUCAAAUCGCAGCGCCUUCCGGCCGAGUUCUCAGCGGGAUAUGGAAAGAACAUCCCCCCCGAAAGGCUUGCUUAUGAACUUGUUAGCGCAUACUUUAGAACCUUUGAGACGGUCUACAGGGUUCUCCAUGUUCCCACCUUCUGGCAGGAAUAUAAGAGAUACUGGGAGAACCCACAAAGUGCGAGCCAGAUGUUCAUCAUCCAAUUCCAGCUUUGCAUGGCAAUAGGUACAUGCUUCCAGGACAACGUCGCUUCUCUCCGACAGAUGGCCUGCCAAUGGAUCUAUGAGGCCCAGUUCUGGCUCGUGAUGCCGUCGCAGAAGUCUCGAAUGAACCUCGCCGGCCUACAGAUCAGGUGUCUCUUGCACUUGGGUCGCGAAGCUUGUGGGGUCGGCGGCGACCUCACCUGGAUCUCUGCCGGGUCCCUUAUGCGGACCGCUAUAUACAUGGGAUUCCACCGUGACCCGGACAACCUUCCCAAGAUGUCCACACAGAGGGCCGAGCUACGAAGACGAUUGUGGGCAAGCAUCUUGGAGAUCGGUCUACAGUCCAGCAUCGAUUCUGGCGGGCCACCCCUGAUAUCGCUGAAAGACUUCGAUACGCAACCGCCGUCGAACUUUGACGACGAACAGCUCACCGAGGAUGACCAGUUUACCACUGUGCCAAGGCCUACAAACUCUUUCACUCAAGCAACUGUUCAGAUAACCCUCUUGCGGUCCUUCCCCACGAGACUCGCCAUCGCCCAGUUUGUUAACGACUUCCGCUCUCCAGCCACCUAUGACGAGACUCUCCGUUGGAACUCGGAACUGUCAAUCGCCUGCCGGGCGCUGUCGGCUGUUCUGCAACCUGCCUACGACCCCGCUGGCGUGCUGCCCAGACGCCUUUCGCUCUUCCAGCUUAGGUUGGCGGAGCACAUGGUCCAUCGCUUCUUCCUCGCGCUAAAUCACCCGUGGCUCGGGUUGGCACAGCAAAAUCCCGCCUACUACUUCGCCAGGAAGAUGUGUGUGGAGACCUCACUCAAGCUGCAUCGCGGCUACGCCACCUCGUCAUCUGUCGGCGAGUCAGGCGUAGCGAACCCAGCGGAUGAUUUUGUGCGGCUGUCGAUAUCGGGCGCCGGCGCCUUCCGGUCGGUGCCGAUGCAAGUUAUGAUGACUUUGGCACUCGAGUUGCUAUGGCAGGGACUCGAGGACCGGUCAUUCCGGCAGAGCAUGAACAUGGAUCAACAGCUCGACCGACCGGGGUCCGCCGUCGACGCAGACCUGCACUCAUCUGCCGGGAUGGGCAGCGGAGCGGCGCCGCGAGCCGAGCUGCUCGACGCGGUGAAGUACUCGGUUGGCUACACGGAGAGGCGGAUCCGCUCCGGCGAGACCAACGUCAAGGGCCACAUCUUCGUCAAGGCUCUCCUGACGCAGCUGGAGACACUCCAGCGCGGGGCCAGCGAUGCCGAGAUAUCGCGGAUCACCUUUCACAGCGUGGGCGAGUCGCUCUCGCGCUGCUGGGACCUCUUGAAGGAGUUGGCAGGGGAGCAGACGACGCCGGACGGGUUUGGCGAGGAGCCCGCUGCCGGCUCGGCGGAGCAGCUUGGAGGUGCGACGGGCGAAGGCUUGGGGCUUGGCGACAUCGGGCUCGGGUUCGGGUUCGGGAUGGACAGCGAGUGGGACUGGGAAGACUCGGUCAGUGCAAGAGCUUUCAUGUCGACCCCCCUCCCCAUUCAUUUCGUCUAG